CAGCACACGCCGCAGCGCAGGGCCUCAUAGCCGUAGCGCGAGCAGGCACGGGGGCAAGGGACGCGGGCGGCGUGCGGUUCGGCGUUCCUGCGGCGCGCGUUGAGCAGUGCGUGGUGCGCGGUGCGUGGCGAGGCCGGGAAACGGCGGUCCACGGUCUGCAGGGCGGAGGCGGCGGCGGCGGCGGAGGCGGAGGCGGCGUGGGUGAAUGCCGGGGGCCGCUCCUGAGCCCAGCGUCUGCACGGGGGCGGGGCCGCCCGGCGCUGUCCCGCCAUGAAGGACAACACCCGCAAGAGAAGAGAGUUGGUGAAAUGCGUGGUUGUGGGCGACACCGCCGUAGGCAAGACGCGCCUCAUCUGCGCGCGGGCCUGCAACAAGCACGUGUCUCUGUCGCAGCUGCUGACGACGCACGUCCCCACCGUCUGGGCCAUCGACCAGUACCGCAUCUACAAAGACGUGUUGGAACGGUCCUGGGAGGUGGUUGAUGGAGUCAAUGUGUCUCUUCGAUUGUGGGAUACAUUUGGUGAUCAUGAGAAGGAUCGCAGAUUUGCAUAUGGAAGGUCAGAUGUGGUGCUGUUGUGUUUUUCCAUUACAAAUCCAGUUUCACUGAGAAACUGUAAGGUUAUGUGGUACCCUGAGAUAAGGCGAUUUUGUCCUCAAACACCAGUUCUGCUUGUUGGGUGCAAGAAUGAUCUGCGUUACAUGUACAGAGAUGAGACAUAUCUUAGCUUCUUCAGGGAUCGUAGUCCUUUUGUGAGGCCAACUAGAAAAAGUGAUCUGGUGAUGCCUGACCAGGCCCGCACAAUUGCUAAGGAACUGGGUAUACCCUACUAUGAGACCAGUGUUCUCACUUAUUAUGGUGUGAAUGAAGUGUUUGAAAAUGCAAUUCGUGCUGCUCUUAUUGCUCGUAGACAGCAGAGAUUUUGGAUGACAAAUCUGAAGAAAGUUCAGCGUCCUUUGCUACAGGCACCGUUCCGUCCUCCCAAGCCACUGCCACCAGAACUUCAUGUGACAGCUAGCAGCUAUGCAGAAAAUAUGCAAGCACUGUGGCUACAUCAAGCCUACACAGAUGUUGUUUUUGUGGCAGGUAGUAUAGGUUUCUCAGCUCACCGAUUUGUUUUGGCAGCUGCUUCACCUACUUUUCACAAGCUGCUAGUUGCAGGACUUGAUCUGGGAGUGCGCAGUUCUAGUGAGUCCAGUAUGGUAAGCACAUUUGGUGAGGCAACUGUGGGUGACUUCAAUGAUGAUACAGAGUGCCUCAUUCGUCAGUCUGACAGUUACUUCAAACCUUCUCGUGUCUGGGAGCAGUUGAAACGGCGCUCCAGUUGCCAGGUCCUCACCACAGACAGCAGUAAGAGAUUAGGGUCUUCACGAGAACUCAACCAUCCAGCUCUCCAAGCAAUUAGAAUUGAACAGUGUGAGGCUACCAAUACUGUUGGAGGGAGCCAGAGACCUAACAGGCCAUGCUGCAGUGUUCAGACUGUAAUAACAUUAACUAAACUGGUAACACCACAAGCCAUGCAGCAAUGCCUACAGUUUUUGUACACAGGAUCCAUUGACCCACGGUACUGUGAAUUGCAAGAAAUAAGACAGGCAGCUGAAUUCCUUGAAUUACCAGAACUGCUCAGUUUUGUCAGCAACAUUCAAGCUCAUGAAGAAUUUCUGAAUGCUGAUGUGAAACAGCAAUAUCGGAAGGAAGUACGCCGUCGGUUGGAAGAUCUGUGUCUUGGCCAGGGAUUGUUCUCUGACAUUGUUUUCCAACUGGAUGAUGGCUCAUAUAGUGCCCAUCGCCCAAUGUUGAUGGCUCGUUGUGAUAUGAUGAAAGCAAUGUUUUCAGGGGACUUCAGGGAAAGUAGUGCCAAAGUGAUCCUGUUCCCAGGAGUGCGAGAAGACACAUUUCAUCAGUUACUUGUGUAUUUGUAUACAGAUGAUGUGCCACCAGUUUCUCCUUCAAGAUGCCUUGAUCUGCUUGAACUAGGAAAUCGGCUAUGCCUACCACGAUUAGUAAAUCUAGUUGAAAAACGGGUAGUGGAGGAACUGUCACAUUUAGCAUCAGCUUCCAUUGAUGUUGCCCCAUCUGAUGUCGUGCUGGAGCACUGUUUACGCCUGCUCGAACCAUGCAAGUUACACAAUGCUGACCAAUUAGCCGACUGGUGCAUGAAUUAUUUGUGUACAAACUACAACAGACUUUGUAAGAUGUCUCCAAAACUGCUCAAAACUCUCCAUCCAGAAAACCAGGACUAUCUGAGCGAGCAUCGCUGGCCACCAGUCUGGUACUUGAAAGAUUAUGAUUACUACCAGAAGUGUGUGGCUGAGCGUGAGAGGGAGGAAAAACCAUCUCUGAAGAGGAGCCGACAUAAUUCAGGUGGCUGCUUGUGCUUCACUGGGGGGAAAGCUCGUCGUGACACAUCUAGGAGUGGCGCUGCAUCCGAUAUUAGGCAUGCAACUGUAUGACAGUGCUGCUCCGGGUGUGGGGGUCGCCCCCUGGCCCUUGCUCUCGGAUUUUCAGCCUUUGUGUGUGCAGUGGUCACAACAUUCACAUUACUUGUGCAGUUUUGGUAGAUUCUUUGCAUCAGUGGACGUAAAUUGUUGUUACUGAAUACCAGUGGCAUAAACAUUUGUGUGGUAAUCUUUCUUUUACAACAGUGAGUACAUUUUGUGGAGACCAAGAAAUUAGUAAAUCAUUCUAUAUAUACUGUAACAGAAACCGAAGAUUCACAUUUUACUGAAAGUGUGAAUAAAAGGACUGCAAAUGCAUUAGUGCAUACAUCACACACAGUGGUCUUGCACUUUAAUAUGACUGAUGAAAAGUGACAACCAAAGAGAAAAAUAUAAAUUCUGGAAAUACUGUGACAUCCUGUGAGUGAGUGAAUUUGUGUGUGUGUGUGUGUGUGUGUGUGUGAGAGAGAGAGAGAGAGAGAGAGAGAGAGAGAGAGAGAGAGAGAGAGAGAGAGAACACACUUAAGUAAGUAUAUGUGUGAUUCGGGUACAGAGCAGUGCAUUUAGUAUUUAGAUGCAUUUUGUGACAACUUUUAUAAUAAAAAUCAAUGAAAGAAUGAUAAAAGUGUUCUUUACAAGGAACUUCAUAGUAGCUACAACAGCAGUCAAAAUAGUAAUUACUUCUGUCAUUACAAAUUACUUUUUAUUUCUGCUGGAGUGUGAAAAUGUUUUAUGUGCAUUGUUCACUUUAGUCUGCUUUGAUCAGUGCAGAUUACUUGCAAUUCCUAACCUACAAGUGUGUUAAAAUUGUUAAUCAUAAAAAAAUCUCUCUUCUAUCAUUACCUUAAUGCCUGGUACUAUUCUCAGCAUUACUUACCUGAAAAUUUAGGCCUAUUCUGUACUGUUCAGUAUAAUCUGAUGAAUCACGCAGGGUGUGGUCUUGAUGUGGUUGUUACAAUUCAAUUUUAAGUGCAUAGUAAUUCCAAAUAUUUCAUUUCGCAUUAAUCAACAUCGUAACAAUGACUUUAAAUCAAGGAACUUUAUUUCUCUUUUUUUCAUCAGUCCUGCAUUUUUGUCAUGGCCACAAAAUAAAAAAAUGAAAAGGUUUGUUAUGUUUCAUUGCCAUUAUUAUACUCCCAUGUGCAUGGCACAGCAUAGAUUUGAUACGUUUCACAGUGUCAUUUUUUUGCAACAAAUAUUCAUUUCACUUGUAAAUAACUGUUUAGCAACUUUAUGAUAACUUCACAUUUUAUUCUUUUAAUCAAAAAUCAAACCCAUUAGUGUCACUCAUUAACAAAUGUUUUUGAAUAUGUAAACGGGGAAAAAGUAACUCUGCUGCACCAAUCCAGGAAAGGUCUGGCUGAUUUGAAAAUGUUGCACUUACGGCAAUUGUAUUGCAUUGAAAUGGUACACCAACUUGUCUAUUUUGUGUUACAAUGGAUACAGUGAACUGUGUGUGUCACCAAUAUCAUCAGUAUUCUGAGCAGACAGAAGAAAUGUAGGGUUGAAAUAAUGUUUACAUGUUGCUUUUGUAUAGUUUUUCUUAAUCUCACUUCACAUGCUAUAGCACACAUGCCUUGCUCUGCAUCUCAGGCAGUCUUUCUGUAUUAUGGACACUAGUUAAUAAACAUUUGUUUACCAAUACUGUGUAAGUCAUGAAUGUUCAUCAUUUUCAAGCUGCAUUUUUACGGAAAGUUUCCACUGUGAUAAAAUCUGUAAAAUAUUUUUAUGCUACAAAAAAAUUGUAUCUUUGUUCUUAUAUACUGCUCAAGAGCUUAAAAGAAUUGUGGAGUUAUUUUGUAGUACUCUUCAAAUUAACUCCCAUUUUUCAGGAAAACUGGCAGUAAUCCAGACUUAAGUUUAGUUCAUAGUUGACGUAAAAGGAGAUUUCAAAGUCCUAAUCUGCGUAAUUUUAGUUUUAAAGAAUGAAAGCUCUCUUUUUCUUAGUCACGUAUUCAAAUCAACAUGUUCUGUUAUCCAAAUAUUCCUUGCUAUUGUACAUAACUGAACAGUUUUUUAUACUAAUAAUUGUUCGUAGAGUGAAUGGAAGCUGUUCAUGAGUAGCAUAAUGUGUAUGUGAUCACUGAAUCUGGUGUAUGCAGGACACGUGAAUAUCAAAUGUAAAUGCUUACCUAGAGCAGAUAUGCCUACCACAUGCAAACCCUGCCAUGCCUAAAUUUUUCUGCAGGCACAAAUAAUAUAAUGAAAUGAAUUCAUGCACACUGUUGUAAUUGAAUAUAUUUCCCAGAAUACACUAAAUAUUUUGGUAUUAUGUGUAGCCCCUGUUAUAUGGAACAUUCACUUCUUGUCCUUUUCUAUUUUCACCAGUCAAGUACACACACACACUAGUACUCAGUAAUAUGUGUUUGUAGGAAUAUGCAAUAUACUGCUACUAGAGCUGGUAAGUAAAGUGAGAAUAUUUUACUAGGGGUGAAAACAAGCACUUUUGUACAUAUUGACAUUUUACAGAAAUGUCAAUAUCCAUUAUUGGCAGUAUUCUCAAAGCAAACUAACAAAAGGCUGAAUGUUGUCACAAUAAGUUAUUAGCUAUAUGAACCUUUUUACAAAAGCUUAGGUUCUCUCACAUCAGUGGUUACUGAUUUGGCUGAUGGCUACAAACCAAUAAAUUAGUCACUUACUAUAAAAGAUGUUAAUGAAUAUUUUUCCUUUUCUCUUUGGUUUCAUGGUGUUAUACUGAUUAUUCCCAAAAAAGAGUGGAAAUGAAAGAAAAAGGAGAAAAAAGACCCAUUAAAAAAAAUACUGCAACACCACAUAUUUAAUUACGUAUUCAGAUCUGUUACUGAUCUCCAAUAGCUUUUGUACUUAGGAAACUGCACCACUUAUUUUUUAUGUUUACUGAUGUGACUUAAAAAAAAUUAAAAGAAUGGCCACUUUGUAUAAUAUGUUUUCAAUUUAAAGUCAGCUAACAUACUUGGCGUUCCUCCAUAAGUGGAGUAGGUAGGCUUUAUGCAGCAAAUAAUCCUCCAUGAAGGUUACUGCAAUUAUUCAGAAUAGUUCCUGCACAAAAUUCAAAUAGUUACAUCUACAUAUGCAUUGUCUGUUUACAACAUCAUGGCACAUAGUUGUUCUGUAAUAAUCUUUGGCAGUUAAAUAGCUGCUUUUAAAGCCUAAUAAUUGGCCUUUUUUCUGAAUUUGAUGGACCAAAUUAUUUGCAGCAAAAGGAAAAGUGCAGUGGUUAAUACUAGAAACAGAUUUAAAAUAAAUACUUUGAAAUAAUCUUUGUUUGCUGGAAAUAAGUUGCUUCCAGAAGGUAACAUCUGGACUGAAUUUUGAUCUCAUUACAAGCGCCAAAGCAGUGUGCCAUCCAUUUGC